AUGAUGGACAACCCAUACCUGCAGAACGGCCACGGCCAGGCUGCUCAGUCAAAUGGACACCCACGAGAUCCAUCGUCCCAGAUGCGCAAGCUGCGCGUCCCGACGGUGAAUGAGGCGCUCCCGUACAGUCCGUUCAGCAGCAUUGUCCCCUUCAAUCCCGAUCUCAUAUCAGCACCUCUAUCCAUGCCUACCACCGCACCGACCGACUUCCUCGACUUCGACCACAUCAAGACAACACAACGCGAGCUCGAAGUACUGAGUGCUGGAGCACAAAGCGCCGAAGACGCCUCGAAGCGAUGCCAGAAGACACUUGACGACGUGAAGCGACUACUGGACGCCGAGACGUUGACGCAGUUCAAGUUCAAGGCGACGAAACGCUUUGCCGAAGGGCCUGCUGUCCAGCCAACACCAGUGCAGCCAAAGCUGAGCACGUUUGCGAAGAUGGUGUACGAUACGUCGCAAGUGCAGUACAGAUACCUCGUACCCGAAUCGCCGCCUCCCGAGGAGAAGCCUGUCGCGAAGAGCAGCCAGCAGAUCAACAAGCAAGCCGUGCAACACAACAAGCAGAUCACCCACCAGACGCCUCUACAGCCCAAGGUUGCGAAGCCAAACAGACAGACACAUUCCGAGCAGAAGCUCGCUCAAGCACCUUCGCAGCCCAGGCUUGCCCAGUUCGCACCAGUCCAGAUCCUUCCUCGGUCGUCAUUAGCGCCAUCCGAGUACAAUGGCUCGAUCAGCAGUCAGCAAGCCGUUCCUACAGGCUCGCAAGGCACCCCUCAAGCCUACGUACAGGCAGCACAGCUUACUCCUGCUCAGCGGGCAGAAUACCAGAAGGUCCGCGAGAUCUCGCCGUCGAAGACCCAAGGUGCCGUCCUACAAAGCCGUACACUUACUGCCGACCAGCGCCACAAAUCUGACGUGGCUGUGAAAGACCUUCAGGACUUGCUAGCAGACAUUUUCGAGGACGAAGACAGGAUGCAACCGGAUACCUCUGGAGAAGCUUCCAACUAUCGAAGCAGACUGUUCGCGAUGCGAGAUCAGGAUGAUCAGUCUGCGCCUAUACUCCAAUUCGAUCCUCAAACUAGACUAGAUGCCGCCGUAUCAGCUGUCAUCAACGCUGGAAGGUUGGAUGACAUCGAUGUCGACCAUCUGGUCAGAGUGGAGAGACUUUGCGAAAGUUUGUUGAACACUCUUCAAACUGUAUCACUUAACAUCGGGAGCGACUGGACGGACCACGAUGUUCAUGAAUGGCUGGGACGCAUCACAGCUACACAGAGUGGUCUGGUAGCUUCUCGCACUUUGAUGCGUAUCAUGACUGCUGGCUCGCAUCGCAAGGAGCUGCAGUCCGAAGACUUCCUACAAGCUGUGUUGGACGGCCUUCGCACUGUCGUGGAGACCGGUCUUAUGCCUCUGAUCGAAUUACGGCCCAUCGACAGAGUCAAAGGCGAGAAGAAUGGCGAACGAAACCCUCGCUUCGACAUCGCAUCAGACAACCGCGCUCAGGUCAAAACAUUGCUUGGCGCGACGAGCCGAUCCCUGAAGCUCGUUGGUGAUCUCUUUGUUAAGACCGAUGUCGACGAGAGUGAGAUCUCGAGUGUGGAGUACCUGUGCAAGACUCUGAUCUUCGCCAGUAAUGCAGCUGUGGAAAGAGACUCUGCACUGGGUAUUCAGGCGUUCGAAAAGGUGCGACUGUCGGCAAUGGAUGUCAUCGCCCGCAUCUUCACCAAGUACACCAGCCAGCGCAACUCUAUCCUCAGCGAAAUUCUGCUGUCUUUAGAGAAGCUGCCCGCUACCAAGCAAAGUGCUCGACAGUUCGCCGUACCCAACGCGAAACCUAUUCAAUUGGUAUCUGCAUUGUUCAUGCGCUUGGUGCAGGCGAGCGCGACCGUCACCGCCAGAAACAACGACCUGGAGGACGAAGAUGAAGAUGACGCCGACGAUUCCGACGAUGCCAUCCGGGUAGCCAGAAAAAAGAAAGCUCGCUCUGCGAAGUCAAAGAGGCACCCUACUGAUCUCAGGUCCCUCUACAAGCCGCUCAUUGGAAGUGCGAGGGCGAACGCUGGAUUCAUCGUCCGCAGUCUUGUCGAGCGCGCUCUGUCCACCUCCAAGGCCGCCGAUGAACCCUUCCGCAGACUGCUCGACAUCUUUACUGAAGACUUCCUCAACGUACUGGGCACGACCGACUAUCCCGCUGCAGAACUACUUCUCAGAGUACUUGUGUCGCAGCUACUCGAGAUCGCGGACAACCCGAAGAAGCCCGCGCCAGCGAGGACUCUGGCUCUAGAACUAAUCGGUGUCAUUGGAUGCGGUAUCCUGGACGUUCAAGCCAGCACUGCAAGAGCCGGUGAAGGACACGAGGCUGAGGAUGCUGUCGCGAGGCAGCUUGCGGAUCUGGCGAAGCGGAGCGAAAGCGGAGACUUGGACUACGCUCACCUCACGGCCUCUGAUGGUCCCUACAGAGUGCUCGUUGAAUACAUCGACACACGCGACACCAACGGCAGCGACCUCGGACUUCAGAGCGCACGCGGCUAUCAUUUGGUGCAAUGGGCGGAGCUCGUAUGCGAAGCCAAGGGCGCCUCAGGUGACGACGAAAGCAACAGCACUCCCAGGACGGCGAAAGACUUACAGUCCAAGCUUCGUCAGAUGAUCGCAGAUGAGCACUGGCUGGAAGAGAAUGCAAUGUUCCGAAACCUUACGACACCACAAGGCAAACUUGCAGGCAGAGUCGUCGCUGCGAACUCGAGGUUGUGCAGAGCGUUCGGUCGCAUGUUCAACACAGUGCUUGCCUCGAUGAACAGCGAGCAGCCGACCGUCAGAAGUCGCAGCUUGAAGAGCGUGACCACACUGCUGGAAAAGGAUCCUUCUGUACUGGACCGCCACCAGACAAUCAUUGCUCAGAUCGUCCGCCUCUUCAGCGACCCCUCAUCACUGGUCCGCGACAGUGCUCUCCUGUUAACUCAAAAGUGUGUCGCACUCCGUCCCGCUCUUGAACUCAAAAUAUACGAGAAGGUCAUCCCAAGAACAAACGACUCGGCUGUGGGUGUACGGAAGCGAGCGAUGGCUUUCCUCAAGGAAGUCUACCUACGGUACAACAACAACAAGAUUCGUGCAGCAAUUUCCAAUGCCCUCAUCACGCGCAUUAACGAUGCCGAUGAGAGUGUGGCCGAGGUGGCGAAAUCCACUAUUGAGGAGGUCUGGUUCCUCGCUUUCAAAAAUGUCAAGCCAGAGGGCGACAACUCUGUCGACGGACUUCUUCAGCUUCGGGCGCAUGCUGCCUUGAUCAUUCAGACCGUCGAGCUUGGUGAUAACAUCGCCACGGUUCUGGAGGUCCUGAUCAAGACCUUGCUCACCAACUCUAAGCAAGCUGCCCAGAACGCCCGCAUCUGCAAGACCCUCAUCGGUGCACUCUUCGAUGGCAUUCUUGACGGUAACGACAUACCAGGUGAGCCACCUAAGGGUGCUGUCCUGCGAGCUCUCAACGUCUUCGCCAGGACUGCCCCUCGACUCUUCACCGCGACUCAGCUCGAACACCUUGCUCCGUACGUCCAAGUCCUUACCACUCAUGACGAACUGGACGUGUAUCACAACGCUCUUAUGAUCCUACGUCAUACUCUACCGGUAGUGUCAGGCAUCAAUCGUGUCAAACUUGACGGCCUGACGAAGUCGCUGUUGAACAACCUCGGCCGGCUCCCAAGGUCUGAGCUGACUGUCGUGGCACCUUGUCUGUGGACGAUUCACACAGUGCUCAACCAGCAAGACCAACGCUUGACCAAUCUCGUCAAGUCAGCAUUGAAGCAGUUGGAUGAUUUGCGUCGAGGCAAUACUGUCAUCCCCAAUGACGAGAAGCCUCUCUCGAAGUACAGCAAGUUGCUGACCAUCAUUGGACAAUUCGGCAAGGCUUGCGACUUCGAGUCUGAGCUGAACUAUCUCAGAACAACGUUCACGUGGUACAAGGGUAAUAGUGCUGCCGCUUUACUGGUGGACGUUGUCUGUUAUUUCACCAGCUCAAAGCAGCCACUCCCGAUCCGCGAGGCAGCCAUCGAGAGCAUCUGCGAAAUUUGCCAGGCGCAUCCCAAGCACUUCCUCCGGGCAGAUGUCACCAACUCGAUCGAAGCGGUGUUCAAAGAUCACAUACCUUCCCUUGAGCAUGUGCUACUCGACAGUCUCCAAGGCUUCUUCACUAGUGGUGAGGAAGUCCAAGAGAGCGAAGCAUUAGCGGCUGGUGUAGAGAGCGGAACGCAGCGUCUGGGUGGCACAUAUCAAGCAGCUGACUACGAAUUGGCAUCAGCUUCACUUUCGCAACGCUUUCUGCCGCAAUUCCUGCGCAUUGCCCUUGCAACAUCAAGCGACGUUGCUUUGGCUGCGGCACGCAUCGUGGUGUCUAUCAACAAGCGUGGUAUGGCACAUCCAGGUGACAGCGGCCCUAGUCUUGUUGCACUGGAGACCUGUACGGUCCCUGCCAUCGCCAAAUUAGCAUUCUUGGCCCACCGCGAGCAAUAUGGCAAGUACGAGAAUGUCUUCGAGAAGGGACUGGUCAAAGCGGUUGAGAAGGCUUUCGACUACCAGAAGGCGGUGACGCAAGACGUUGACGGUUGUACUGGCCAGCCUCCGAUUUCGAAACUCCACUUCUUCUGGGACGUCUUGAAGACUGGCAAGGCAAAGGUCCGCGCCAAGCUCUUCACGAACUUGUGUGCUACUCUGGACUUCGAGCCAUCCAAGCUCAAGCUCGACGCAAGUGGUGUCUCAACGCAUCUUCAGUUUGUGCGCUUUUGCGCUGAGAAUUUCGCCUUCUUCGAGUAUGACUUGCCUGCAGAUCUGACCCAUCUGCUGUCGUGCUUGGAGAAGCUCUUCGCCAGCACCGGCACAUCUGUGGCGCAAGCCAUCGAGAGUGAGGUCUUGCAGCUACACAUCCCGAUACCAACCUCCCAGACCAUGGAGAAUACUUCUGACAAUAUGGCGCCCGCCAUGGACGAUUCUAGGCACCUUCAGACUCUUGAUGCAGCUCGUCUUCAACGCCUCGCAGUAUCGGCACAAGUCUUGUCUCUGCUUUGGGAGACUCGCACCUACCUCCGCAAACUCUGGAACGCACAGAAGUACAUGGGCAAGCCGAAGACAACCAAGAAGGCUGACAAGGACGACUCCAAAAAGGAACAGAAGCUGGCUGGGCGUGCGACAAACGCUCCUGCUCUCACAGAGGCAUACCAAAAGGCUAUCAGUCGAAUCAUGAAUUUGCCGAACGAGGAAGCCGCGCUGCGUGCUAAGUGCACCAACUUCGUGGAGCUCUUCUCGGUGGACACUGAAGUCAAGGUUGGCUCCGACAACGAUGAUGAGGACAUCCUGAUGGAGGACGAUGACGAUGCUCGUAGUGAGGGCAGCUCGGCGAAGAGUCCUUCUGCAGGUCCUUCGCGUGGCAAGAAGAGAAAGUCGGUCGAUGGCGGAUCGAAUGGGCCGCCGAAGAAGAGAGGACGCCCGCGGAAGUCGAGCGUCGCUAAGAAGGAUAGCGAUGGUGAAGAUGGUUGGGAUUGA